GCCGUGCUACUAUUUCGGUUGACAUGAGGCUACUGUUUACUCCAGAGCAUGGGAGUGGACCCCCAGAACUAUAUCCCUAGCGUAGAAGAAUCUCAAUUUCAACAGAUUGUCACCCAAAGUCAGUUUUAAAUACAUAGUGGGAACUGGGAAGGUAAAGCGUGUCGAUUGGGAAGGAUCUGAUCUGAAGAUGCAGUGCUCAGGGCGUUUCCUCUUCCAGAUGUGUCUGAGUUUGCUGGUGUCCACGGGCUCCUGUCGGUGCAAACCACUAAACGAUGUCCUCCAAAGUGAAGAUCGCGGGGGCUUCUCUGCGACUUCCGAGCAGGACCUGGUCGAAGAGGAGGACAGGUUACACAGCUUUCUGGGAACCAUGAAGGAAGAGUUUCUGAGGAAACUCAAUUUAUCCGAUGUCCCACGGGAGCACAGCAAGAUAUACCCGCCGCCGUUCAUGAUUGAACUGUACAACAAGUAUGCCUCCGACACGUCCUCGAUGCCUCGUUCUGAUGUCAUUCGCAGCUUCACCGUUCAAGAUGUCAGUCACUCUGAAAAAAAUGGCACCAAGUCAAAACACAGACUUCUGUUCAAUGUAACUGUCCCAAAUCACGAAGCGGUCAACAUGGCAGAACUCAGGCUGUUCACCCUGCUGGAUAAUAGGACAACCUCAACCUCUACCAAUGGGAUCGGGGCUUCCAUAAAGGUCUAUGAAGUGGAGUAUAAAGGAAACAAGGCCAUUGCCCACCUUGUGGAUGGGAAAGAGGUCAUUGGGACCCAUCACUCUUGGGAAACUUUCGAUGUGACCACUGCCAUCCAGAGUUGGGUCAAGUCGGACCGCCGGGCCAGUGAGUUUGAAGUGGUGGUCGACAGGUGGGACUGUGGGCCUUUCAAAGGCGGAGGUUUGGACGUGAGCGUGGGCGUGGGCGUGAGGGAUAACACGGCAGCUGCUUUGAUCGUCUUCUCCGACGACCUGGGGAGCAGGAAGAGAGAGGCCAAGAAGGAGCUGAGGGAGAUGAUAGUUCAUGAGGAAGAGACACUCUUCUCAGGGAGCGACUGGCAAGGGACCGACUACAAUGAGAUCCCCGUGGACCUACACCCCAGGCGGAAGAGGCAGGCGGACACCAACUACUGCCGACGGACCUCCAUGCGAGUCAACUUCAAAGACAUCGGCUGGGACCAGUGGAUCGUAGCGCCCCCUGAGUAUGACGCCUUUGAGUGUAGAGGAGUGUGUUACUACCCCCUGACUGACGACAUGACCCCUUCCAAACACGCCCUCAUCCAGACCCUGGUCAAUCUCAAGAACCCCAAAAAAGCCAACAUGGCGUGUUGCGUUCCCACAAAACUCGACCCCAUCACGGUCAUGUACCAGGAGAAUGGUGUCAUCACUAUACGACACCCGUACGAGGAGAUGAAGGUGGCAAAGUGUGGAUGUAGGUAGUGAGAGGUAACAUCCAUGGGGGUCCCCUUAACCCGUUACUGUAAAUCUGUACAGUUCUGUUGUGAGAUGCAUUUGAGCUAUUUUAUUGAGUAUAUGUUCAGUAAAUGCACAGUCUGUCUAGAAUAGCAAUAAAGCCUAUGAUACAAUAUUUAUAAAUUAUUUAUGAGCGUUAUCAUUAUUAUUAUUAGGGUUUUAGAAAAUAAUAUAGAUCAUAAAUUGGAUCUACAGAUGUAGGAUCUUAGUUAGGUGCGCAUGCAAAGCAAUACACAACUCUAGAUUUCUUACAUACUCAUAUCAUUAUUAUAAUUUAAUUUAUUCUGUUCUCUCAGACGCUUAAACAACUUAAGCUAUUAACAUGAAUCCAACGUCCCAAUGUGCAGACUGCCCCAACAUACUGGCCACCAUUAGCAUAAAAUAACUCACCAACAAUAACUCUUGAAACGUUCAAGCUGGAGACACCAAACCAACUUUCACAUUUCCAGAUGAUUCUAAUUUCAGAUUCUCUAAAACUUUAAUCAACUAGAACAAUAAACGUUUGCAUAAAUUAGCAUAAAAUAACUCACCAACAGUAACUCUUGAACAGUACAAGUUAGAGACACUAAACCAACUGUCAUAUGUUCAGGCUAUUGUAUCUUCACAUUCUUUCAAAUCGUAAUCAACUAUAACUAUAUAAAUGUGCAUACGUUUGCAUAAAAUAACCCACUGACAGUAACUCUUGAACCAUUUCAUCUAGAGGCACCAAACCAACGUCCAGAUGUUUGGUCUAUCCUAAUUUCAGAUACUUAAAAACUUGUAUCAAUCAGAGACUCUGGGUUCACACCCAGGCUCUGUCAUAACCGGCCGCGACCGGGAGGUCCG